AUGACGGGCACCGUCGCAUCGAGGGCGACACUUCUCAGCCGGCUCGCGGCAUCCGCCGCGCGAGGAGGAGCCGGCGCGCCGUCCACCUCCGCGACCGCGGCUCUGACGACGGCGACGACGACGGCGACGAGGGAUGAUCGUGCCGGACGCGCGACGACGAUCGCGGGCGAUGGGACAGCGCCCGAUCGACGCCGCCCGCCGAUCGACGCGCGUCCGCGGUCGUCGUCCACCCGCGAUGCCGCGACGAGCGUCGUCCACCCGCGCGCGUGCGAGUGCGCGUCGUGCGCGCCGUCGCGUGGGCCGCUCCUCCGCGGCGGCGAAUCGGCGGCGUCGCGGGGCGUCGCCCCGACGAGCACCUCGGGCUCCCUCCGACCGUGGACGAUCGCGCGGCUGCGGGGGGAUCAUCCCGCGGACCCGCGGGGCGUGGCGGGUUCGUCGUUCGCCGCGCGCGGCUUGCGCACCGGCGCGCGCCUGGACAAGGACGCCGCCACCGGCGACGACGACGCGAACGCCGGCGAACACCCCGAAUCGAUCGACGUCGACGCGAUGGAAUCAUCCGACGACACGGAUUCGAGGCGCGACGAUCCGCUGCCGGAGAACCUCGCCAAGCCCAGCUGGCUCCGCAAGCGCCUCAACCGUUCCCAGAAAGGGUCGUACGAGGGGAUGCUGACGGAGAUCGACUCGUACCCGGACUUUGAGCCGCCGGAGGGUAACCUGUACAACGUCGCGGAUUUCGGGCAACGAACGAUCGAGACGGAUCCGAGUUUUCUCGCCGAGUGGCGGGCGGAUUACAUGAAGCACCAGAAGGAGCUGUGGGCGGCGUCCACGGGUAACGACGUGUCGGCGAUGAGCGACGAGGAGUUUAUCGCGAUGUACGACGCGGAGUUUGCGGUGGACGCGGAGGAGGAGUCGCGGCGGAUACUGACGUGGGAGGUUGUCAACGUUCUGGAAGCAGCCGGAGACGGAAAGCACCCGCUGAACCGCAAGGUGGUGCUGCGCGUGAGGCUCGACGCGCUGCAGGGGGAGACGGGCCUGUCGGACGAGGCGUUGGAGUACAUCGCGGAGAUUUGCGGGUCGCGCUUCGACGCGAAGAGGCGCGAGAUCAGGAUCACGUGCUCGAGGAGCGGCAACCGGGAGCACAACAGGCAGUGGUGCCUCAAGGUUCUGUACGACCUGAUCAUGGAGGGAAACAGGGAGUACCCGAGCGAAUCGUACCGGUUCACGCCGGAGGGACCGGUAGAGCCCGGCACGGUGGGUAAGCAGUGA